UUUUCCUUUUGAUAAAGACUAUGUGUCAAAUGUUUUUAUUUGUGAUGCUUUCAGUGUCGUGCCUCAGGUAUCAGGACCGUCAGAAGAAACCAGGUUCUUGGAGGAUCUGUUCUGUGCAGCAGCAGAGAGAGAAAAACAGACAGGAGAGAAGAUACUGGACCUGUUAAUAUCAGUGUGCACCUACAAAAGUUUCCCUCUAAAACAGAAGUGGUGUGAUUUCCUCCUGGACCUGUAUUCUCAUGUGGCUGAAAAAGGUUUAAGUGUUCUUCCAUCAUUACAGCUAGUUUUCCAGUCUGGUCCUGGAGUCUGGUUCAUAGAUCUCUCAGAGAGAAAGUCCUCCAUCCUCCUGGAAGUGCUGAAACUCCAUUCAGAGAAGAAAGAAGUGAAACUGACAGGCUGCUCACAUGAAGAGAGUGAAGUGAGGAGUUUCCUGCAGUGUCUGCCUUAUAUCUCACAGCUCAGUUUUGUUUCUCUGAAAUCAGAUGUUAAUGAAGAAACCAGAUUCUUGGGGAGACUGUUCUGUUCAGCAGCAGAGAAAGAAAAGCAGACUGGAGAGAAGAUACUGGACCUGUUAAUAUCAGUGUGCACCUACAAAACUAUCCCUCUCAGACAGAAGUGGUGUGAUUUCCUCCUGGACCUGUUUUCUCAUGUGGCUGAAACAGGUUUGAGUGUCCUUCCAUCAUUACAGUCAGUUUUCCAGUCUGGUCCUGCAGUCUGGUUUAUAAACCUCUCAGAGAUAAAGACCUCCAUCCUCCUGGAAGUGCUGAAACUCCAAUCAGAGAAGAAACAAGUGAAACUGACAGACUGGUCACAUGAAGAGAGUGAAGUGAGGAGUUUCCUGCAGUGUCUGCCUUAUAUCUCACAGCUCAGUGUUCGUCAGUGGUCAAAACGUGAUGACUUCACAAGGUUGCUGGGGGAUCUGUUCUGUGCAGCAGCAGAGAGAGAACAGCAGACAGGAGAGAAGAUAGUGGAGCUGUUAUCAUCAGUGUGCACCUAUAAAACAUUUCCUUUUCGUGACAUAUACAUGGAUUUUGAUGAUGAUAUUAUACAUCAGUGUAAUACCCUGCUGGAUCUGUGCUCCCAUGUGAAGAACUGUGAAACGAAAACCGGUUUAAGUGUCCUUCCAUCAUUACAGUCAGUUUUCCAGUCUGGUCCUGAAGUCUGGUUCAUAGAUCUCUCAGAGAGAAAGACCUCCAUUCUCCUGGAAGUGCUGAAACUCCAGUCAGAGAAGAAACAAGUGGAACUGACAGGCUGCUCACAUGAAGAGAGUGAAGUGAGGAGUUUCCUGCAGUGUCUGCCUUAUAUCUCACAGCUCAGGUAAAUGACUUGUACUUUACAUGAUUCACUCUACACAAUAAGAAAUCUGUAGAAUUCUAACUUUAUUGUACUGUUCUAAAAUUUCCUGUGAUCUUUGUUUGUCAUCAUGAUUAGAUUACUAUAAUGUGAGUUUAUUCACAAGGGGUCAUAUUUCAGUUAAAUUUAAUCUGUGGUCCAAUUCAAAUAUAGUGGUAAACUCUUACACCACUAUAUUUAUGUGUUCAUUGUUGUUGUCAGUUGCCUUUGAAUCAGAGAUUUUACAUACAUGUUGGAUCAGAUUUGAUUUAGAUUGUUGUUUUCGUGUCUUUUGAUUGAUUCUUUCU